AUGAACACCUCCCUGCGGUUCACCCUCUCCAACUUCCCUUUGAUCGCACAUCUGAGGAGAUUGAACCUGUCCCUCGACCGCACAGACUCUUCCUUGCACACGAGCCUGGGGGACCUGGAGAGCCUUCUGCUAACCAUCCGGGAACCAGCUACCAUUGCUCUGACUGUCAUGUAUACCAUAUCUUUUGUGGUUGGCUUCGUUGGCAACGCUAUGUCUAUCAAAGUGCUGACCAGGAAACGAAACAACAGGAUGCCUGGGGUAAGUGCCACCAGGAGUCUGCUGAUCAACCUGGCUGUUUGUGAUCUCAUGGUGGUCUGCGUGUGUAUGCCCACCACCCUGGGCUACCAGAUCUACAAAGCCUGGAUAUACGGUGACUUUAUGUGUAGAGCGGUGCCCUUCACCCAGGCUGUCUCAGUCUCCGCCAGUGUUCUCAGUAUCACCGUCAUAAGCGUUAACCGGUAUUACAAUGUCCACAACCCGCUGAAUGCCAGGUCUUUCUUUACUUGGAGAAAAAUAUUCUGGACCAUCUGUGUGGUGUGGCUGGUGUCGUCUGGCAUCUGUAUGCCUCUCAUCUUCAUGAACAAGCUGAAAGUGAGCGACGCUACAUUUGGGAUUCCCUUCUGCAGUGAAGUCUGGCCUCAGGUCAGGUUGAAGCAGGCUUACAAUUUCCUACUCUUUUGUGCCCUCUACGGCUUGCCUGUGCUCUUCAAUCUAGUCAUCUGCUUCCUGACAUGGCGAAGACUGUGGAGCACCUCCGGUCACUUCAAGGAAUGUGACUCCAGCAACCAGGCCCUCCCAGUCUCCCGGCUGAAAAUUCGCAAAAAGAUAGCGAAAAUGGUGGUGGCUUUGGUGAUUCUAUUCGCUCUGUCUUGGUUGCCUUUCUAUGUCGUGGACAUCUGGUUAGAUUUCAACACCGAAGAGCCUUCAAAGGGCGAUGAAGCAUCUUCAGAAUGGAUCAUGAUUCUCAGGCCUUUCGCCCAGUGGCUUGGUCUCACUAAUUCUUCCCUCAAUCCAAUUUGUUAUUGCUUUGUUGGGGAUCUGUACAGGUCAGCCAAGGAAAUAAAAAGCAAAUACAGAAGAACACUGAUUUCACUCUUUAACUACUCUCUGUCUGAUGGUUCCUCAAGGUCAUCCAUACCCAAACUGUUUGCCUACAAAGAAUCCUGUCAAAUAUCUGCCAAGGAAUUAAAUUGUACUCAGUCAAAGCAGAAAAGGGUUAAAGACUGCAACUCCCCUCCUGCUCUCUGUGAGACAUCAUUGAGUACUUGCCAUCCCAUUCCAAUACAAGCCUCCAAACAGGAGGCACAGAACAAGUAA